GAAGCUUAGAUACGUACGCACAUUAUCGGAGCUCGAGAGGCCUUCCUCUGCUGCUUGGUGGAGUGAGAAUCUCUCGAACCUCGUCUGUCUUUGGUUUUCGUCUUCAAUUCCACAUUUCUUCUCCACUUUACCAGUUUCAUUUCCCCUUUAUCUGAUCAUGGGCUUGGCGACGAAUCUCCAUCGCCUCGACCUCCGUUCGACCUUCUUCACCGGUCUGCGUCCAUGCCCGACACCGAGUACCUCGAAGUCCCUGAAAAUUUCCUCUGUUUCUAACCCUAGACGCGAAAUCCCUAGCAUCAGAGCCCAAGUGUCCACCGUCAGUGUCGAGUCGUCCGUUAAACAGGUGGAAGACGAUGUCGAAUCACUCUUCUCGACCGAAACCACUGACGAUUUCGCUCGGAGACGUAAUAGCAACCAAUCCAACGGUGGGGCGUCUGGGAUUUCGUCAGGUGUGAAGCUGGAGAACAUAAGUAAGAGCUAUAAAGGCGUGACGGUGCUCAAGGACAUGAGCUGGGAGGUUAAGAAAGGAGAAAAAGUCGGAUUGGUCGGCGUUAAUGGCGCCGGUAAGACGACCCAACUGAGAAUCAUCACGGGUCAGGAAGAACCCGAUUCGGGAAACGUGAUCAAGGCGAAACCCAACAUGAAAAUCGCCUUUUUGAGUCAGGAAUUCGAGGUCUCGAUGAGUAAGACGGUGAAGGAAGAGUUCAUGAACGCGUUUAAGGAGCAGAUGGAAAUUGCUGGGAAGUUGGAAAAGGUGCAAAAGGCAAUAGAAGGAUCUGUGGAUGAUUUGGAGCUGAUGGGAAGAUUGCUGGAUGAAUUUGAUUUGUUGCAGAGGCGAGCACAGGCCGUUGAUUUGGACAGAGUCGAUGCCAAGAUCAGUAAACUGAUGCCGGAGUUAGGGUUUGCGCCGGAGGACGCCGACAGGCUCGUGGCAUCGUUCAGCGGCGGAUGGCAGAUGCGGAUGUCUCUUGGGAAGAUUUUGCUUCAGGAGCCAGAUUUACUGCUUCUCGAUGAGCCAACGAACCAUCUUGAUCUUGAUACUAUAGAGUGGCUCGAAGGUUAUUUGAAAAGGCAAGACGUUCCUAUGGUGAUAAUAUCCCACGACAGAGCUUUUCUUGAUCAGCUCUGUACGAAAAUCGUAGAAACCGAAAUGGGUGUGUCAAGGACAUUCGAGGGUAAUUACUCUCGAUAUGUAAUUUCCAAGGCGGAGUGGAUUGAAGCUCAGUAUGCUGCGUGGGAGAAGCAGCAGAAAGAAAUCGAAGCAACAAAGGACUUGGUCGGCAGGCUGGGUGCCGGGGCAAAUUCUGGCCGUGCUUCCACCGCAGAAAAGAAACUGGAGAGACUGCAAGAAGAGGAGCAGAUCGAGAAGCCAUUUCAGCGGAAACAGAUGAAAAUCAGGUUUCCGGAACGUGGGAGAAGUGGAAGAAUGGUAGUCAAUAUCAAGAAUCUUGACUUUGGUUUUGAGGAUGAGAUGCUAUUUAACAAGGGGAAUCUUGCUAUAGAAAGAGGGGAGAAAAUCGCGAUUCUUGGACCGAAUGGAUGUGGCAAAAGCACAUUGUUAAAAGUGAUUAUGGGUUUGGAGAAGCCAACGGGCGGUGAAGUUAUUCUCGGGGAGCACAAUGUAUUGCCAAACUACUUCGAGCAGAAUCAGGCAGAGGCACUCGAGUUGGAUAAGACGGUUCUUGAAACGGUUGUGGAAGUUGCAGAAGAAUGGAGAAUAGAUGAUAUAAAGGGUCUCCUCGGGCGGUGCAAUUUCAAAGCUGACAUGCUUGAUAGAAAGGUCUCUCUUCUUAGUGGCGGUGAGAAGGCUCGGCUUGCUUUCUGCAAAUUCAUGGUGAAACCCUCCACUCUGCUCGUUUUGGACGAACCCACCAAUCACUUGGACAUUCCCUCCAAAGAAAUGCUCGAGGAGGCGAUAAACGAGUACGAAGGAACGGUCAUCGCAGUCUCACAUGAUAGAUACUUCAUUAAACAGAUUGUAAACAGAGUUAUAGAAGUCAGAGAUGGAGGGUUACAGGACUAUGCCGGCGACUACAACUAUUACCUGGAGAAGAAUCUUGAAGCAAGAGCGAGGGAGAUGGAGAGGGAGGCGGAAUUGGAGGAGAAGGCUCCGAAAGUGAAAGCUAAGUCGAAGAUGUCAAAGGCCGAGAAAGAAGCGAGGAAGAAGCAGAAAAUGCAGGCGUUUCAGGCUUCCAAACAAAAAUCAAAGUCCUUGAAGAACGCUAAGAGAUGGAAGUGAAAAAAAAUCUUCAAAAGGGUAUUUUUUUUCUCUCCAGUUGUUCAUCAGUUGGAUUGAAUCCUUCAUUGAAAAAUCGCCAUUGGAAUGGACAGGGAAGAGAAAGAAGGUAACAUAGCUCAGGGUGUUUGUAUAUAGUGUUUUUAUAGCAAAAUGCAGGGUGUGUUUUGUUUAUUUUAAUUUAUUAUAUAAUUGCACUGUAAAUGACCUUAAAUCAGAGGGAAAAAAGUUUUAAGAUAAAUUAUUUAUAAUUGGAAUAA